UCAGCUGACUCUCUCACAUGAUCAGUAGAAGCUGUCAGUAGAAGAAGCUGAAUUAUUUUCUCCGUUAAAUCUUAAUAUUUGGACGUCUCGUGAUGGCCGGCCGCGGGAAACUGAUCGCCGUUAUCGGUGAUGAGGACACGUGCACCGGCUUCCUGCUCGGUGGGAUCGGUGAACUCAACAAGAACCGAAAACCGAAUUUCUUGGUGGUGGAGAAGGACACAAGCAUCACGGAGAUCGAGGAGACCUUCAAGAGCUUCCUGGCUCGUAAUGACAUCGGCAUCAUCCUGAUCAACCAGUUCAUCGCAGAGAUGAUCCGUCACGCCAUCGACGCCCACAUGCAGUCGAUCCCAGCCGUGCUGGAGAUCCCAUCCAAAGAGCAUCCGUACGACGCGUCCAAGGACUCGAUUCUGCGCCGCGCCAAGGGCAUGUUCUCUGCCGACGACUUCCGAUAAACACAGACUGUCCAAACACACAAUCAUCAGAGUUUACACAGCGUGACGAAUAGAAACGUCCCUGACAUGCGGUGGAUUCUCUGUCAUUCCUCCUCUCGUCGUUUCUCUUUUUAUUUUAUUCCUUUUUUAAUUUUCAGGAAGUGGACAAUGUUUUCCUGUGACUGAGUCUCUGUGGUUUUUCCUUCCUCUGCUGGAAACAUGAUGUGUGAUGGAAACAGUGACGUGUUGUCAUUUGUCAGUUUGUGUAAAUGUGUUAACUUAUAAAAUAUUAAAUAAAUGUUGAAGAAAAUAAACAAAGCUGUUGAUUGAA